CGCUGGACCAAUGGAGUAACGACAGAUAAUUUCAUGGGCAAAUUGACAAGUGCCGAGCCCCAUUUAUCAAAGUAUUUAUUUACAUCAGGAACAGUUUUAUUUGGUCAUUACGUAUUCAGACGACAGACUUGAUAAAUAAGAGAACUUUUGUGGUUUUUAUUGCGUCAGCGUAAAAUUCUAGUGUUUUUAUCGUAGAGUGCUUUGGUAAAGCAAUUACCGAAUUGAAUUGUUAGCGUUGUUAAAAUCACGAGUUAAAAAGUGUUAUCUAAUAGCAGAGAGCAAUUGGAUGAUUGAAGAUGAUACCGAAUAACGUGACUCUGAUUGUGAAGGCUCCGAACCAGCAGAUUGAGGAUCAAAAUAUUGAAUGCGAGUCUUCAUGGACAGUCCGACAGUUAAAGGGACAUCUCUCCGAGGUUUACCCAAGUAAACCCGGCACAGACGAACAGAAAAUAAUAUACUCCGGCCAGCUUCUAGACGACAACACGAUCUUGAAAGACGUACUCAGAACUUAUGAGAGUCAGAUCGCGCAUACAAUGCACCUAGUUUGCACGCCAACCCGCAAGGUGGAGCCACAGACACCAGUCACAGAGCCGAACACCGAUGGACUUCGUCGAAGAGUUGUCGAAGCCACGAACCAAACGGAAAGGGUCACUGAACCCGCAAGACCAGAGACAAGGCAGAACGACCAGAAUCAUAACGUAGAAAUGCAGAACUAUUUAACCUCUUUCGUGAAUAACUAUGGAAGAGUCCCACCUUAUCCGAAUUAUAAUUUAGGGGAAGGUUAUUUGCCAGUGCCUAACGACCCCGCCCAGUUGGCCAAUCACAUGAUGAUGAUGCAGCAAGCUUAUCUACAGUACAUGCAGCAGUAUGCCAACAUGUGGCAAGCUGCAGGCGCUGCUCCAGCCGCCCCAGCCCCAGCGGAGACGCCAGCCCCGGCUGCCGAAGCCCCAGCCGCCGUAGACGAACAGGACGAAGCCCUAGCCCCUCGUGACUGGCUCGACCAUCUAUACGCAGCCUCCAGGCUAGCGAUACUGUUCUCACUGGUCUACCUGUACGGUAGUCCUGCAAGACUACUCUUGGUACUGCUGUUAGCUGCCGCUGGUUAUCUCCACCAAAUCGGUUUCUUCCGCGACCUACACGUGAACCCGGCAGACAACCAGCGUCGUGAACCAAACCAGCAGAAUCAACCCAACGAGCAAAAUCAGCCCAACCAACCGAAUCAACCUAACCAACCAGCCGACCAACCGCCUCAACCAACACAACCGACCUCACAGUCCAUUCUAGCAGUCACUUGGAUGAUAUUCACAUCAUUCUUCGCUUCACUCAUUCCGGACACGAACUAAUAUACAAUUACAAUUCUUGAAGGAGUUACUCAGUCUUUGAGACGUAAAAAUAUAUUGUAUAGUUAUGCUGAAAGCAAAAAACUCGGGUUUUUGACUCUUGAGGAGUGUAACGGCUGUUAUUUAAGACCUAAAUAACGCAGGAAGUUAAAUUUUUGUUUUUUUUUU